AUGGACACUGCUGCGCACGUAACAAUCCCCCAGGCUCAGCCCGCAGCCAGUCUCCUUUUUAAUCACAAUUGCCCAAGGUCUUCUCGCCCGCCUUGCUCACUGGUCAGACCAGGAAGCUGCUGCCAGUGCUACUGGGCUGCUGUCUGUAUGAACGUUCAGGCUCGCGGAGUGGAGACUUGGCCAUGGGGGUCGUCGACUGACCAUCCGUGGUUAACGUUACCUGCUUGCCUGCCUGCUUCUGCCUAUCUGUCAGUUCUACCACCAGAAUCAGCAUCAGUCCAGCAGCACUAUGCCACCAGAUCUCCGCAUAAUCCAACAUCAUUACCCAAGUCUAAGUAGCAGCAGCAGCAGCAUCAGUAGCUGGAUCAUACCCCUCAUGAUCCUCAUCAUCGUCGACAUCGUCAUCAUCAGUAGCACCAGCCACGUAAAGCGGCAGGAAAUCACCACCAACCCUCUGCCUGUCUCUGGUCAGCUGCAGGCUCGUCACUCUAUUGGCGAGAUAGUCGGCAGCCGACAGACAGAAGAAAAACCAGUCACCUUCUUCCACUCUGGCCAGUCUUGUAGAAUUUGUCUAGUGUCUGACAAUGUUCGGAUGAGUCCGUCAUAGCGUCUGAUGCUCAGAGUUUUUUAUUCCACCUACCCGAAAGCCCGGCAGAGUCAAUACCGAAAAGGGAUUAAUUUCGUGCGGAUACGUCUACGUUUGUUCUGUCUCUGGAUAUGAUGGCUAAUGGUCAAGAUGGCCUUCACUGCUAUCCCAGUGCCUCGCACUACUCAAAGCCGCCGUCUGGUGGUGCCCAUGGCCAACCUCCCCCAGCCCAACCUGCAACCUGGCUGAAUGUUCCCUGUGUUCCCACCAAACCUUGGCCCCCACCGGAGGCCAGUCCGUCGGUGUUCGAGGCGCGCCUCAUCAUUCCACCCACGGCUGCCAUCUCUGCAGCUCCAUUCCCGACUCCCACUGCCUCCACCUAUGCCCAAUGUAAUAAUAAUUCCCACCAUCAUCAUCAAAGCCCAGUGGCACAGCCAGUAACACCGGUGCAAGCUGCACCCUAUGUGUCGGAAUAUCGAACUCUGCAGAACAGUCCCGACGGCAGAGGCUUCGCUGCCACCACGUUCCUGCGUGUCAUCAGCGCUCCGGGAGUGCAAAAUGGCAGCUCCACGGACCAGCAACACCAUAGUGCGGACGCGACGGAGCAGAACAACCGCCUGCGUUCGUCCUCCUCUUCACUAUCGACGCUUCAUCGACGUUCGGACGGAGCUGGAUCGGUGUCGGCAGCGGCAGUAGGUGGAAUGCCUUGGCCCAACGAAUCGUCCGCUGUAGCUUCGGGAAGCGUUGGUGGACAUGCCGUGGUAGCAGUGGACGGCAGCAGUGGAAGAGCUGUCAAUGCUGGAGGUACAGGUGCUAACAUCAUGAGAAGCAGCACUUCUCGUUAUACCGUCGACAACGACGUACACGCAUCGGCAGCAAGACGCGAUAGCAGCCAGUCAUCAUGUGGGGGUGCAACUCCUGGAGGUGGUGGUGCUGCUGCUGGUUCUGCUGGUGUAUUGUAUCCAGGUGAAUCUCACUCGAGUCGAGGCACAAAUGGUCUAAGCGACGGACGCAAGCAAGUCCAAUUCGUCAACUACAGCACGCUUCUGUCACCGAACAGUGUUCUCGAGACGGGCAGCAGCAUGCGUGACAACGAUGUCAGUGUACAUCCCAAUAGCAGCAGCGGUGGUAGAGGCGGUCAUGAUAUGACAUCAUCAUCGCGGCACAGCCACCACACACACCAUAGCCACCAUUCGGUGACGACAGUGGGAGCUGCUCAUCAGGAUCGCGGGUAUCACCAUACUUCCGCUUCUUCUGCCUCCUAUCACACAAUGUCCGGAUAUGGAUCAGAUGGCGGAGCUGCGGGUGACGCACGUUUGCUACCUGUUCGGGUACGGCGUGUUAGGACAAAGAUCCUACGCCAGUGGAUGAUAGACAACAAGAAUCAUCCGUACCCUAGCCGAGAGGAGAAGGAGUACCUGGCAUCGCAGUGCGAUAUGACUGUUGUACAGGUCUCCACUUGGUUUGCUAAUAGUCGUCGGCGCAUUCAGCGUAUCGGUCUGCAAGGCUGGGUCAACGACCAAGUCAGAGAGGAUGAAAAGCUUCAUAAAGACAAACAGCCCACAUGGUCUUAGUCAAUAAGGAAUGCUCAGCGCUCUGAGAAGAAUCGUUCCGCGGAGUGAUACCAUCCCGCUCGGACAUGCCAGACAUUUAUUGGCAGUCCAGCAGUUCUGAGGAAGAUCACGUUCAUCUUGCCCAGAGAUGAGUAGUUCCCCUUGUGGCCUGGGUGAGCGCACACCUCAUAUCUCCACAUUGCUACAUCAGAUGACAAUCAUGGACAGGCAUGUUGAUGAAGCUGAUAAAUCCAUUCUGUCACUCAGCCAUUCUGAUAGCACGUUCUGGAAAGGGUUAACUGGUGCCCAAACUCUGCACCACAGUACGAUGCCACAACAUAUUCAACAUGUUUUUCACGCCAAGGACACUCUGGAUGUUGGUCAAUGCAUCGGUAUAAAUGUAUAGAUAUUAUAUUUUAGCUCCCUCCAAUUGAUAUUAUUUUGAAGAUGUUAUUAUCCACCCACCAACUGACAGUGCCCAUGGCCAAUGAGUGGUAGGGAAUAUAGUAAAUUAUAAUGUACCGUACCCUUCAACCCAACAACUACAACUACAUGUACAUGUACAUGUACAUGCUUGGAAACUAGCAUAUGUACAACAUGUACAUUGUACACCAAGUUUGAUCGCACUUUUAUUGCCAUCACGUUCAGAGUAUCGAUGUGGAUGAGUUAUUAUAAACUCCCAGAUGCUCGCACGGCAUGUUAUGAUAAUUAAGCAAAACAUGCCCUUGAUCAUGUACAUGUACACGUGUGUCCUGUGAUGUUGAAACUCAGUAAGAUGGUUGAACCACAUUGUGGAGCAGCUGUCAUAAGCACUCCGCAAAGCCUAUACUUUUCAAGAGGCCUGGAAUUGCCAUGUUCCGCACUUGACGUGUUUGGCUUUUGACGCCCUCCUUUCCCUUGGUGCAGAAGUGCUUUGCCUCCUUGGUGCUUCACGGAAAGCACUCUCUCUUAAUUUAACGCCAACCUACACAAAUGCCCUUGAAAGUUCUUGCAAUAUAAGCCUACUUGCUGAUAAAUCUGACACUGCCAUGGCACUGGGCUCA